AUGCUCAACCACUGGACGCAAUCUUCAAGUAAUGUCAAGCUGGCUAGCUUCGCGAUAUCAUUACAAAUUGCAAAAAGAGGGAAACCAUUCACAGAUGGCGAGUACAUCAAAGAUUGUUUCAUAGUUGGAGCUGAAGAACUGUUUCGUGAUUUCAAAAACAAAACCGAAAUCAUGAAGAAAAUCAAAGAUUUGCCUUUGUCUGCUAAAACAGUACAAGAUAGAACUUCUAAAAUGUCUUCAAAUAUAACACACAUGCAAGUGGAAGACAUUCAGUCGGCUUCUGCUAUAUCACUUGCUAUGGAUGAGUCUUGCGACAUAAGAGACACGGCACAAGUUACCCUAUUCGCCAGGUAUAUUUUGUCCCAAGGUCCUAAAGAAGAACUGCUAGGUUUACUGCCGCUCUCAGGGCAAACUCGUGGAGAAAACAUAGCAGAUGCUGUGCAAAACUGCCUGGAAGACUAUGAAAUCGAUAUAAACAAAAUAGUUUCCAUAGCAACUGAUGGAGCCAGAAGUAUGACAGGAAUACAUAAAGGUGUUACAACAAUUCUUCGUCAGAAAAUAAACCACGAAAUUUUAACGUUUCACUGUAUAAUUCAUCAAGAGGCGCUUUGUGCCCAAACAUUUCCGACAGAAAUGGUUGAGGUCAUGGACUUGGUUAUUAAGAUCAGUAACAGCAUUUUGGCUAAAGCUCUCUACCAUCGCAAGUUUAAGGAGUUUCUUGAAGAAUUAGAAAGCCAGUAUUCUGACCUACUUAUGUACAAUAAAGUGCGUUGGCUUUCCAGGGGUAACGUAUUGAAACGUUUUGCUUCUUGUUUGAGUGAAAUAGAAACAUUCUUGAAUGAAAAAGGCAUUGUCCAUCCAGAAUUAAAAGAAGACAAAUGGCUGCAAAAAUUUUACUUCAUGCAAUAUCGUGAUGAAAAUAAUGCAACUAUUGACACCAAAUACUUCAGCGUUACCAUAAGCAAAAUGAAGGAUGGAUUCGCUGAAAGAUUUGAGCAAUUCAAAACGAGCGCAAGUACACUAGCUUUCAUUGUAUAUCCUCUCAACACAAAUACAAAUGAGAUCAACAUUGAACCAUUUAAAAUUGAUGCUGGUUUGCUUCAAAUGCAACUCCUAGAUUUGAAAACCAAACAUUUGUGGAGUGAUAAGUUUACAGAACUCGAGAGCAAGUUGGAAGAGUUGGAGGUCCAGAAAAGCAUGUUAAGCUGCACAAGUGGGCGUCUCUUAAAGAAAUGCCGCGAGUUGAGACACUAA